CCAAUCCGGCCAAAAUAAAGGCCGUCCAAGAUCUAACUCCCCCAACCUCGGUCAAGGGUGUUCAAGCCCUAACUGGCCGACUUGCUGCACUCAACCGGUUCAUCUCCAAGUCUACAGAUCGUUGUAAGCCUUUUUUCGAAGCAAUUAAGAAAGGGAAACGUUUUGAAUGGACUGAGGAAUGCCAGAAAGCUCUUGACAAUAUCAAGGAGACGCUAAUCUCUCCCCCGACUUUGCAAAACCCGAAACCCGAGGAAAUGUUGUUCUUAUACCUCGGAGUUAGUGAAACUGCCAUUAGCGCUGUUUUGAUACGCGAAGAAGGAUUGCUGCAAUCACCUAUCUAUUAUGUCAGCAAGGCCUUGCACGAUGCCGAACUACGUUAUCCUCCGAUGGAAAAGUUAGCGUUUGCACUUGUGAUGGCAGCUCGGAAAUUACGACCAUACUUCCAAGAGCAUUCUAUAACUGUUCGCACUUCGUAUCCACUUCGGCAGAUCUUGCACCGACCUGACACCUCGGGACGCAUGGUUAAAUGGGCCAUUGAGCUCGGACAAUUCGAUAUCCACUAUCAACCGAGAACCGCAAUUAAGGCUCAAGCCUUAUCUGACUUUAUCGCUGAGUUCACCCCGGCCAUCGCGGUUCAUUAUAAUAAUCAACCAUGGGUCCUCUAUAUUGAUGGCUCUUCAACAGCCAACCGAGCAGGUGCAGGGAUAGUUUUAGCUGAUCCUGAAAAUCGGUUAUUCUGUCACUCGGUGAAGUUCCUCUUUCCGGAAACAAACAAUGAAGCCGAAUACGAAGCACUGCUAUCCGGAUUGAAGUUGGCAGAGUCAAUGAACGUGACCCACCUCAAAGUCUUCUCAGACUCCCAGCUCCUUGUUAAUCAAAUCAAUGGUUCAUACGAAGUCAAAGAACCUCGGUUGACACCUUAUCUCUCUUUGGCCAAACGAAAAUUAUCGAAAUUCUUCGUUGAUCUCGAGCACAUCCCUCGAACUCUUAAUGUUCAAGCAGAUGCCUUAUCUCGACUUGCGUCCAGUACCGGGAUGGAAGGCGCGGAAAAAACUCCUUCAACAGAAUCAAUUGAUUUCGCUGGGGAGGAAGAGCUUGCUGUUCAGAGAUUGGAGAUUGCCAAGAAUGAUUUGCGUCAAAGGAUAGCAAAAGAAGCAAGAGGAAAUGCAAUUCUUCAAGCUAGCUUGGAGCGAAGAAAGCAAGCUCUGCAUGAGCGACGGUUGUCACUCGAACAAGAUGUGGUGAGACUGCAAGAACAGUUACAAGCCGAAAGAGACCUAAGAGCUGCUCUGGAAGUUGGCUUAAGCAUGUCUUCUGGUCAGUUUUCCGGAUCUCGUGGCAUGGAUUCUAAGACGAGAGCCGAGCUUGAGGAGAUAGCUCUUGCAGAGGCAGAUGUGGCCAGAUUGAAGCAGAAAGUUGCCGAGCUGCACCAUCAGCUAAAUCAACAACGUCAGCAUCAUUAUGUGCCCCUUCCAGAUUCAACCCAAAAUCAAAACUCACAGCA